AUGAUGUGGUGUCCCUCAGAGCAAGACCGCAUCCCUGUGAUGAGGGGGCAGUGGUUCAUCGACGGGACGUGGCUUCCCCUGGAGGAGGACGAGAGUGACCCCAUCGAGAUCGAGUACCUGGCCCGUUUCCGAGGGCAACAGAUGAGGGACACCUACGAGAUGGAGGUGGUGGACACCACAGUGGACAGCAAGGAUGCCAUCCACAGCCGGAAACUGAGCCGGAGUCACGUGGACUGGCACAGCGUGGAGGAGGUGUAUCUGUACAGCGACGCCACCACCUCCAAGAUCGCUCGCAGUGUCACACAGAAACUGGGCUUCUCUAAAGCCUCCAGCAGCGGGACACGUCUCCAUCGGGGAUACGUGGAAGAGGCGGCCCCUGAGGACACCCCACCCGAAACCACCCACAUCGUCUUUGUGGUGCAUGGCAUUGGCCAGAAAAUGGACCAGGGUCGUAUCAUCAGGAACACCAGCAUGAUGAGAGACGCUGCCAGGAAGAUGGAGGAGAAGCACUUCUCAGAUCGCACCACAGAGCAUGUAGAGUUCCUUCCUGUGGAGUGGAGGUCAAAGCUGGCUCUGGAUGGAGACAGGGUGGACUCCAUCACCCCAGACAAAGUGCGGGGCCUCAGAGACAUGCUGAACAGUAGCGCCAUGGACAUCAUGUACUACACCAGCCCGCUGUACAGAGACGAGGGCCACGUCUGCUUGGAGAUCAACCAGUUGCAUCUGGAGAGGCCCAGCAUUUGCCCACUUGAAGUGCUGUUAAGAGACUUAGAGGAUCAGUUCCAGGGUCUGCGGACUUCCUCUUCUGCUGUGCCAGAGUUGAAAUUCAAGGUAGAAAACUUCUUCUGCAUGGGCUCUCCUCUGGCGGUGUUCUUGGCUCUGCGUGGGAUCCGGCCUGGAAACAGCUGUGUGCAGGACCACAUUCUCCCCACAUCCAUCUGCAAACGCCUCUUCAACAUAUUCCAUCCCACAGACCCCGUGGCAUAUAGAUUGGAGCCUCUCAUCUUAAAGCACUACAGUAACAUUGCACCUGUUCAAAUCCACUGGUACAACACCACCAGCCCGACCCGGUACGAUCAGGUCCGGCCCACGCUGCUGAACCCCCCCAAGGAGACGGCCUCAGUGUCCGACUCAGAGAGCAUCCCCAGCCCCUGCACCUCCCCCCCGCAGGUCCGACGGCACUACGGAGAGUCCAUCACCAGCCUCGGCAAGGCCAGCAUCAUGGGUGCUGCCAGUAUUGGAAAGGGAAUCGGAGGAAUCCUGUUUUCCCGCUUUUCCCGUUCCAGUGGCCAGGUGGGCGGAGUGGAGGAGGAGCCAUUAGAUCCUGAGGGCGGAGCCUCUGAGGUUGAAACAGUGGCAUCAGGAGAGGAAGGAGUAACUGUAGCAGAAACCGAGGAGAAGGACAAAGAAAUCAAGGAGGAGAGGACAGAGGUGGAGCCCGUCAUGUCCCAGUCCAUCUCAGCGGUCAUGGACAGCACCUCGUUGGAACUGGAGAGGCGCAUCGACUUCGAGCUGAGGGAGGGCUUGGUGGAGAGCCGCUAUUGGUCGGCAGUGACCUCACACACAGCCUAUUGGUGCUCUUAUGACGUGGCACUGUUCCUCCUCACCUUCAUGUACAGACCACAGGAGCCUGUGGAGCCUGCAGAGGACAGCCCAGAGACCUCGUAGCAUGCAAACUGACACAUGGAGCCAUAACGGGUGGGGUCACUUCCCUUUCUAUUCACCCCUUUUGAAUAUAGACUGAAAGCCCAAAAUUACGUCUCUACAUCUUAAGUUUUCAAAAUUCUAAAUCAGAAUUCUCAGCUUGAUUUUUGUGAAAUGUUACCGUAUAAAUAACAAAUAAUUUAAUAUAUUCUAGGAUUUGGAAAUGUGAGAAUUUGGAAGACUUAUUAUGUUUACAUGUAAUGUCAUCGAACAAGUAGUUGAUUUGACUGGAAAGGGGUUUGUAAAACAAGACUUAGUCUAAAGCCCUGCUUGCGGUUCAACACUACAGAUUUGCCUUUUUUUUUACAGCUCUAGAUUUAAUUUAAUAUUGGCUGUAAGAUGAAAACUUUAUAACAUUUUAUUUGUAUUUACAUUUGCCAUACAUCAUCCAACAGCAAUUUAAUUCGCUUUUUUUUUAGUGGCAUUACUUGACUUCCAUAUAAGCUAGCAAUGCCAUCUAAACUGACAGAACCUCAAUGUGACCUUUGCUACGGACUGAGCUACUCUCCUGUUUCCUGCUCAACAACAGCUGUUUCCUGGGCAGAGCACCCUGCAGUGCCAGUGACCAAUCAUAUUUACUCGCCCAAUCACAAAGCUCUGUCGCUCCUUCACUGUGAAUGUGAUGCUGAACCUGUAGCCAUAGAAAGCCCCAGUGCUUGAUCCAGGUCAACGCUGUGCUCCUGUGAAAAGUGUUUUUUUUUAAUCUCAUGCUUCAGAUGAGAACAAAACACACACAAUGCACUACAUGGACAAGGCUUUCUAAAACCUGAAUACUUCGCAGACAAUCAAAAAAGGUCAGCAUUUAAUGAUUUUGACCACUAGAGGGCAGAGACUUCAAAACAGACUCCUUCGCAGAGCCAGUGUGAGAGCAGCACGUUAGCAUAGCAUCAGUAGCUUCAGAGCUUCUCUGUGUCUGACCUGGCCAUGGUCUAAACAGGAUGCAUUCCAGCACAGUGUUGAUUGUAGUUCCUCUGCAUUUUGGCAGUGCUCAGCACACAAUCACUGUACAAAACACAUAGGCUCUGUUUUUCAACGUGCAAUGCUAAGCUAAAAAGUUGCUACCUUCAGGAUGGCUCCAUUUAUAUGCACUCAUCUAACCAGGUUGUAUUCGGCUUUUUGUUUUCUUUACAAUAUAGAUUUUUUACAUGCUAGAUUUCAGACAAAAAGGUGUCAAUAUGAAAGGAGAAAACAUUUGACAUAGUUACAAUGCAUCCUUGUAUUUCAAUUCAAUCUAAAGUAUGAUGCUAGCUAAUGGAAAUGAACACCAAGGGUUCUAUUUUUUGUUAUUGAAUGUCGUUCAAACACACUAUCGGUAAUUUGCUCUGGCUUACUGAAACGUUGUCUUUAAUUACAAAUUGUUAUGUCAACAAUUUUCAUAUAACCAGGGCUGCCAACAUUUGAGUUCAGCUUGGAGUGAGAUAUUGUUUUUUG